AUGGCCUCGCCUCACACGACUCGCCAGCGUGUACAAAGGCUGCGCGAGUCGGAGGAUAGCAUUCACAUCGAGAAGAUCAGCGACCACCAAGAGGACGAUACUUCGGGCUCAGUUUCAACAACAGACGACGAAGCUGUGGACCCAUUCGCAGCUUUGAACCCCUUCGGCCCGAAGCCCGCAAACGUACCAACCAUUCCGAGUGGUCCAAUUUGCCCUAGAAUCGCAAUACCAGUGGAUCGUAGCAAAUCUUCUGAAGGUGUUACGCGGCUCCAAGCACGCAGGCCUCCUGGCUUGCAGCUGUCCAAGCUUCCGCCUUCAGGUGCGUGGGCGGCGGCCGAGAUCCGAGCGCAUGGAGCAGGCCUGGCAGGUCGAAAUAUGGCCGCUCCUGCUGUCUUCGACCCUCGCAUUCACGGCCAGAAGAAUUGGAAAACUCCAGAUAUGGCUGAACCACCCACGACUGCGCCACCCGGCACUGUCACGUUCAGGGAGGCACAAGACCAGGCAGAGAAGCAUGUUAAAGACAGCACUCAGUCGAGCCGUGCACGUUCAAAGACGGUCUCAGAUGGUCUCCAAUCGUCAAAGAAUCGGUUGA